UUUCCUGCCAGGUCAAUGAGGCCUCCAACGACUGCCGUCUACAUAUAACGUUCAGCCUUUUGAAGAGUAGGAAUGGAAUCCAAGAUGGCAGAAGAUACAGCAUCCAGUCCCAAUCUAAACAUCCCCCUCAAGAGGGCCAAAGUCUCCAAAGAUCAGGUUGUCCCAGACCAGGGGUGUCUAACGCAGGAGCCCAAGGCGCCAGUUUUCAUCCGGAAACUCCGCAAGGCAGCAGUGGGAACAGGCUGUGACAUCCGCCUGAGGGUUUCAGUGGCGGGUUUUCCCAGACCGUCUCUCACCUGGUACCACAAUGACACAAUCCUGCCUCCCUCGGAAGCCCAAGACUCAGGAGGGCUGUGGAUACGCGACUGCCGUACGCGGGAUGCUGGCUUGUACACCUGUGUGGCCGCCAAUGAGCUGGGGAAGGCGAGCUGCAGCGCCAUCCUUGCUAUCAUGGACCUUGGAGAAGACUCUGAGAACACAGAAGAUGAGACUACAGAGCCCCAGAUGGAACCCAAAGGAGGGGCAGGGAGGCACCAGGAAAAGGGCGCCCGGAGAAGACUUUCAGGAGAGGGGGAUCAGAUGAUGGACUAUAACCCUGAUGUUUCCGAUCGCCGGUCCACGCUUCCAGGCUCUUAUGAUCCAAUCGUAGAACGGGAGCUCCGGGCGCUGGGCUCUCGUCCACCGGGGCCAAACAUGGACCCCACAAAUCCAUCCAGGACUCAAAACGAUGAAGAAUCAUAUGGGAGUCUCUCCCAGGAGCCCCCACACUCUAAUUGGCCACCUCCCCUCACACACACACACCCCACCAAAGCCCCAAAUCACAACCAUGAUGAACCCAGACAUCCCGAUGAGACACAGCAGGCAUCUGACGCUAAUAAGAUCCUGCCAUCCAAGUUGGCUCGUACUGGGCCCAACAUCUUUGACAAGGUCCGGACUUUUGAGGAGCGAAGGUUGAGUGUUGAUCUGCCGGAUCUCGUUGGAUCGGUUUCAGGGUUGGAUCGCAGAGAAAAGGGCAAGGACGCCUCCCAAAAACGGACAGCCUUCAAGCAACGAGCCUCCUCUUUGGAGGACAACAAGAGCUACUCAAAGCGUGUUGAGAGUUACCAGAAUAAGUUCACGGAGGAGCUAGAGAGGAUUAAAAAGCUUGUCGGCAGAGGAAAAAUAAAAAAGGCAUAUUCUACUGAGCAGCUGCCGCAAAAAGAGUCGCUGAUGACGAGCAGGUUGGAGCCUAUCCCUCCACAAGUGAUUAAAAAGCUGGAGGCACGGCAAGCUUUGGAAGGAACACAGGCCCGGGAGCCUGGUAGACCACAAACUCUAGUUCCUGAAAAAGUUGGGCCAAGCCCAAUGACAAAUUACUCAUCACAAGGAAGCACUGGGAAUUUUAGAGUUGCCAUGGAGACAGCACUAGUUCCCCAGUUGCCAGGGCAACCAUUGACAACAGCCAAGACCAGACGCACCAGGGAAAGCACACAGAACUCUCCCAACACUCCCACCUCAGCAGAACAUCUAUUUCCUCCAAGCAAGGACAAGGACAGAUCCCUCAGUCCAACGGGAAAAAGAGCAUCACCGGUCACAGUUAGGGAAUCAGGGUCACAGUAUCCAGCCAAACCGCCCAGGCUCACCCCGUCACCCACACCUUCCAUCAGCCCCCACCUGAAGAGAAGGAAGGCCAUUCCUACCAUCCUGGUGGAAGAUGAAACUGUAACCACGGAAUAUGGUGGGAGGAAAGAAGACAAACGUGGCAAACGCUGGAUCGGUCACUCUGCAGAAGAGCCAUGCAGGAGCCCUGGAAGCCCCGCCCACCUUUCAGAUAAGGUGAACAUGAGCCUAAAAGAGGAGGCGAUGGAACUUGUUGGAGGAGCUCCUGCUCCGACUAAAAGUGUCAACUUCAAGGAGCCCCCCUAUUUCCAGGCGGCGCCGUGUGACCAAUUGGUGACGGAGGGCCAGGAUGUUGUCAUCUCGGUGAACGUCGCAGGGCAGCCGAAACCUACGGUUCACUGGCUGAAGGACAAUGUUUCAGUGAAGACAGCAGGACGCUUCUCCAUGCAGGAGACAGAAGGUGGGUCCACCGAGAUGAAAAUCACCUCAGCAAAGAGGUCAGACGCGGGGCUGUACGUCUGCAAGGUUGUCAACCAGUAUGGAGUAAAACAAGAGGAGUGCAGAGUGGAGGUCAAAGCUGCAGCACAGGCCGACCUGAAAAUUAUUCAGGAGAUCAAAGACACGUCAGUGCACGGUGGUGAGUCGGCCAUGUUUGAGUGCAAUGUCACGGGGCCUCCGGACAUGGACGUGGAUUGGCUGUCCAACGGAAGGCUGAUCCAGCCGGCGUUGCUCAACUGCAAGAUGCACUUUGACGGUCGGAGGUGCCGCCUGUUGCUAAAUUCCGUUCAUGAAGAUGACAGCGGGAUAUACACUUGCAAGUUGAGCACGGCUAAAGAGGAGUUGACCUCCAGUGCGAGUCUCAAGGUCACUCCGUCCAAGGAGCCGUUGUUCACUCGUAAGCUGGACAUCCUUGAGGUCAUCGCAGGUCGGACAGCCCGUUUUGACUGCAAGGUGAGCGGGUCACCGGCGCCACAAGUCACCUGGAUGCAUUUUGAAACCAGAGUGGAGGAGAACGACAAUGUGCACAUUCUCAGUGAGGGAGGGCGCCACUCGCUCGUCAUCACCAACGUCAGCAGUGACACAGAAGGUUUCUACACGGCCGUGGCGCAGAACAUUCACGGGAAGUCUGAAUGCACCGCUGAGCUGUACAUGCAGGAGCACAGGACCGCCAUCCCUUCUCACAUGUCCAAACUGGAGAAGAUGCCAUCCAUUCCAGAGGAGCCGGAACAUGUCGAGAGUGAAGUGGAGAGGAGAACCAUGCCGGACUUUGUCAAACCUCUGGCUGACCUGGAAGUCAUUGAGGGCAAAGAGGCUAUGCUUCACUGCAAGGUGACGGGACUGCCUUACCCAACCAUCACCUGGUACCACAACGGAAAGCGCAUUGAGAGCAGCGAGGAACGCAAAAUGACUCAGUACAGGGAUGUCCACAGCCUGGUCAUGCAGAGUGUUUGUCACGCGGACGGUGGUGUCUACAAGGCCGUGAUUGCUAACAAACUGGGCAAAGCGGCCUGUUACGCACAUUUAUACGUCACAGAUAUCAUUCCAGAUCCACCCGACGGCCCGCCUGUCAUAGAAGCCAUCACAGGGAAAACUAUAAGCCUUAGCUGGAAGAGACCAAAGAGACUGGACCCAUCUUAUGACCCUGGUUCCUUGCUAUACGUGCUCCAGCAGCAACCUCUGGGCUCCAUCCAGUGGUCCAUUGUGGCGUCCAAUCUGAGGGAGACCAGCUACACCAUCAACAGCCUAUCCAAGGGAGUCCGCUAUGCCUUUAGGGUCCUGACGUCUACUGGCAAGACGCUCAGCAAGCCUUCACCGUCUACUGAUCUGGUCCAGCUGCUGGACAGAGGACCCUAUUUGAGGAAAGCGCCGGUGAUCGUGGACAAAGCUGACAUUGUGUAUGUGGUUGACAACCAACCUGUGAGCAUCUUCAUCACCCUGAACCAUGUGCACGCUACUGUAGCCUGGAAAAGGAGGGGCGUGGCCUUGGUCAACAAACCCGGGGUGUGUGAAAUGAGAAUGCCGGAUGAUGAUCAACACUCCCUGACGCUUCAGCGGGUCAAGACUUCUGACCUUGGUCAGCUGGUGGUGACGGCCAGCAACCAGUUUGGCAGCGACCUCUGCAUGAUGCAGCUCGCCAUGGCAGUGCCACCUAAGUUUGAAACAAUCAUGGAGGACGUUGAUGUGGAGGCCGGAGAUACAUCCCGACUGGCUGUUGUGGUCGAAGGGAAACCGGAUCCAGACAUUUUUUGGUACAAGGAUGAUGUGCUUCUCUCCGAGAGUUGCUAUUUCACCUUUGUUUAUGAUGACCCGGAAUAUUCUCUCGUGAUCCUCAAUGCCCGUCCCGAGCACUCUGGUGUGUAUACAUGCACGGCACAAAACAUGGCCGGGUCCAACUCCUGCAAGGCUGAACUGACAGUUCACACAGAGCGUAAGGAGGCAAUAGAGCCAAUGGAAGACAAGGGAACCAUUCUCAGGACGAUGCGACGCCUGACAGACUACUACGACCUCCACAAGGAGAUAGGCAGGGGAGCCUUCUCUUAUGUAAAACGGGCCACUCAGAAGAAGGGAAAGAAGGAUUUUGCUGCCAAGUUCACAUCUGCACGCGGGAAAAGGAAAGCCUUGGCACUGCAAGAGAUGGAACUGCUGUCCCUGCUGGACCAUGAGCGGAUCAUCUACUUCAACGAUGCCUUUGAGAAGAAGAACGUGGUAGUGCUCAUAACAGAAUUGUGUCACGAGGAGCUGCUGGAACGAAUGUCCAGAAGAACAACGGUCACGGAGCUGGAAAUUCGUCGAAGUGUUCAGCAGGUGUUAGAAGGCCUUCGCUACCUUCAUGAGAAAGACAUCGCACACCUGGACAUCAAGCCAGAAAACAUUUUGAUGGCUGGUGCCAGCAGCGACCAGAUCCGCAUUUGUGACUUUGGUAACGCCAUCAGACUAGAGUCCUCCGAAGAGCAGUAUUGCAAGUACGGCACACCAGAAUACGUGAGCCCAGAAAUUGUGAACCAAACCCCCGUUUCCACAGCAACAGACAUAUGGCCAGUUGGGGUCAUUACAUAUCUCUGCCUGACAGGAGUGUCCCCGUUUGCCGGUGAAAACGACAGAGCCACGGUGCUAAACAUUCGCAACUACAAUGUGGCCUUUGAGGAGAGUAUGUUCUCUGCCCUCUGCAAAGAGGCAAAGGGGUUCGUCAUCAAGCUCCUGGUCGUGGACCGCCUGAGGCCGAGUGCCACUGAGUGCCUACGACAUCCUUGGUUCAAGUCAGAAAGCAACAAGGGCAUCUGCACUGCAAGACUCAAGCAGGUUUUGUCUAGAAGGCGAUGGCAGCGCUCCCUCAUCGGUUACAAAUCCAAGAUGGUGAUGCGGACGAUCCCAGAGCUACUGAACGACGCAUCCAGCCACGUCUCCAUUGCAGUGGCGCGGCAAUUAAAAGAUGGCUCGCCGCCGCCUUCCUCGUCCUCCGACUCUGAGGCAGAUGUGGAUGAGCUUCCCUUCAUUCCAAUGCCGAUAUCGAUGUUCUACUCCGAUUCUAGAGUCUCCCUGAAUGAGAUCCCCGGCGAUGAGGAACCAAGGAGGCCCCGUGGUGUUGCUGAUGGGACUGAGGAUGACCCGGACUCGACCAGUCCAAAUGAGAUAAAUCGACAGACAAAACAAGCUCCACUUAAUAAAGGAUCAAGCACGGAGUCCGAAGAAUCUCAGACGAAAGCCAGAAGAUCUACCAUGAGGAGAGGCAGCUCUGCUGACUCUGCACUGCUUCUCCACGUGGACUCAGGGGAGGACAAUGCCGAUGAGGAUACAGACACAAGCAACAACAGUCUGAAAAAGGCGGUUUCUCUGGAACUGCCAAACCGUAGCCCAAGCCCUGGCAUGACAAAGUUAAGCCAGGAGGAUUACGCCUUGAAGCUGGAGCUCAUGAGACAACGGCUGCUCAGGGGAGGUAGCAUGGAUAAAAAGAUGAGCGGCCUGCGAGGACCCUUGUUUGAAACACUGGGCAUGGAAGAUGAGAGACGGACAGGGUCUCUUGAACGCAAUCUGAGGAGAUCCAGAGCCGGACCGGCCACACUCACAAGAGCUGCAUCCUCUGAGAAUGCUGGAGAGGACACGCCAAAGACCAAAGUUUUUCGGAAAAGCUCCUCCUUUACCCAGGGAGAUUCUGAGCCCAUGCCCCUUCACCGCAGGUAUGGAGCACCCUUGGAGAUCCCAUCUGUGAGCGACAGCAGCACUGAGGGGAAGAAGCUUCAGGAGGCAACAUCCAUGUCGGCCCUAACAGGACAGACGAUGCUGGAGUCCGCAUCACCAACUGCGCUCAACUCAUUUGUGUACCCAACACCAGGGGCAGUGGACCAAAGUCAAAAAAAGAAUGUUGAAGAAAAAAGGACCAACAAAGAAAAGGUAGAAGAAGUAGAAUCCGAGUUGAGAUUACCUUCCGUUAUUACUCCUAUCAUUGUGAUCGAGGAGGAUGAUGAGGAAGAGGACAAAGGAAAAAAAUGUCAGGACAGUAACGAAACAUCCCAAACCCGUGAAGAAUCAUCUACAUACAGAAGCAGUGCAGAAGCUGUCGCUGUGUCAUCUGGAACAUCUGACCAGGUUCCUGUCAAAUCAGACCAAGGACCUGAGCCUCAAGAUAAUGUUUUAUCCUCAAAACACUCGGCAGUGUUUGCAAAAGUAGCAACAGGACACAGAUCCUCUGCUUCCAGUUCCUCGUCAAACCCAGAUAUUUCUGGCGUGCUGGGCUGCCCACAACUGAGAACGGAUAUCAAAGACAUUGACUCAGAGGAGGUCUUUGAGGCCAGAUUUAAGAAGCGAGAAUCAUCUUUGACACGCGGCCUUAGAAAGCUAACCAGAAACAAGUCUGAGGAGGAAUCACCCCUCCUAAGCCGAAAGAUGGGCAGUGGAGGUGAGGAGGUUUACAGGCCAGGGCCAAGGGGAGCACCUUUGGAGAUGAUCUCCACGGGACUACAGGAGAAGUCCAAAUCAGUUCAAGACCUACGGGAAGAUAAGGAUAAGGAACCAGGACUGGGUCUUAUCGGGAGGUUUUCAUUGCGGGGUAAGAGAUCCUCAUCCAUUGAUAAAAAAGGGGAGAAAUCGAAGGAUGGUCAGGAAAGUGCAUCCACUAAGAGGGUCACUUGGGCGAUUGGUCGAAGUAAAUCUCUGGACACCAAGGAGCAAGAAGCCACAGAACAUAGAAAGGCUGAUGAGUCUGCAAUUUCUGCUGUGAGGCGGAAGUUUGAGUCCAAAGUGGCAGGAAUCUCUGCCAGACUAAGGACCCAGUCGGAGGACAGGAAGGAUCAACAUGCCGAGAGAAGUCCGAAAGAUCUGGAUUUGAAAAGGAUCACAGAUUCUUCCGUCCUUGCAAUGCGACAGAAGUUUGAGAAUAAAGUGGCGGGAAAUUCGACAAAGACGCGCAGUCAGUCAGAUGAGCGACAGGAGAAGACGGAAGGAAAGAGGACACCCCUGUUUUCUCGCCAUCGCCACUCACAGUCCGAGGGGCGUGGACUGCAAGGAAUGGGGGUGCCGGAGAAUCAGCUUGCAAAACAGGUUGGCGUGGGCACGUCGAAGGAGUCGGUUGGAUCUGUUUCAAGUGUUCAUUCUGAGAAAGAGAACGAGCGACGCUCUCGAUGGGACAGGUGGGGUCUGACCAAGAGCAAAAAGGACAAAACACCUUCUCAGACUGACAUUCCUUCACACCCCCCCAAAAAAGAUGAGACCUCAUCCACAAAGAAGUUUGUCCGUUCCACUUCUGAUUUCCCACCUGUGUUCCACAUCAAACUCAAAGACCAAAUCCUCUUGGAGGGGGAGGAGGUCACCCUCUUCUGUCUCCCAGCUGGAAGUCCACUUCCUGUCAUCUCAUGGAUGAAAGAUCGUAAAGCUCUGCUGGCGGAUGACCGAGUCAGUCUGAUGUCCCAUCCCGAUGGCAGGCAGCUUCUUAAAAUCCUGAAAUGUAGCCCCAGAGAUGCCGGAGUGUACGAGUGCUUAGCUACAAAUCCCAUCGCUGCCAUCACCACCACCUGUACUCUGUCAAUAGCUUAUGUUCCCAAGCGACCAGGGACCCCUGAGGUCCCUCAGACGUACAGCAACACCGCUCUGGUGCUUUGGAAGCCGGCAGACACCAAGCCUCCAUGCAGCUACACUCUGGAAAGAAAGACAGAAGGAGAUUCAACCUGGCAAACGGUAGCCACCGGAGUGCUUGACUGCUACUACAACGUGACGGACUUACCACACAGGGGCUUGUUUCGGUUCCGUGUGUCCUGUGUAAACAAGGCAGGACAGGGGCCACAUAGCAACUGGUCCGCUCCAGUCAGUUUGGACGACUCAGCAGCUCAAGACGCUACACCUGUGGUGGCUGUUGUUAAGACGGCAGACACACCUGAGCCUCUGGUGUCACCACUCACACCCAUGAUGACUGCCACCAGCUCCACCACAUCAGGUCCUGAAGAUGCACACGCACCAGUGAUGCCCCCUUGUCCUGCGACAUUGUCAUCAUCUACUGGGCCUUCCAGCCAGAUAGCUCCCUCUGCCGUCACAAACACACCACAUGCUCCAAAAAUAAGCUUGAAACAUCCCUCUGCACCAUUUAUAGUCCCCAAACCGCAGAGUCCAGUGAACAUUGUGUCUCCUAUGACCCAGACCCCCACCACCCUUGUAACGCUACCCUCAACCCCCACCAAACCAGUUUCAGCGACCACCACAGCUUCUGUGGCCACAUUGCCCAUCUCCUUCACCCCUCAAGUACUCCAAACAUCCAGCCUGAGCCCCAUCGGGGGAGGGGUCAGUAUGCCCGACAGAGGCACCCCAUCCAGGUGUGCUACACCAUCUACGAGUCUAAGGCAAGGGGUUCCACAGAAACCGUACACCUUCCUAGAUGAGAAAUCCAGGGGUCGUUUUGGAGUCAUUCGGGAAUGCCGUGAGAAUGCCACAGGCAAAAUGUACAUGGCCAAGAUCAUCCCCUAUAGCCAGGAGAACAAAAAGGACGCGUUGAAGGAGUAUGAGAUCCUGAAAUCUCUGCACAAUGAAAAAGUUCUGGCAUUGCACGAGGCCUACGUCACACCGCGCUACAUUGUGCUGGUGGCAGAGUAUUGCACAGGCAAAGAGCUUCUGCACAGCCUCAUAGACAGGUUUCGCUACUCUGAGGAUGACGUGGUGGGUUACUUGGUCCAGAUCCUUCAGGGAGUCGAGUACCUCCACAACCGCAGGAUCCUCCACCUGGACCUGAAACCCGACAACAUCAUGGUGACAAACAUGAACGCCAUCAAGAUUGUGGACUUUGGAAGCGCUCAGAGCUUCAACCCGCUCAGUCUGAAGCAGCACGACUCUGGAACAGGAACAGGAACAGGAACUGUGGACUACAUGGCUCCAGAGAUGGUGAAAGGUGAAGUGGUGGGGCCCCCAGCAGAUAUUUGGACUGUUGGCGUUGUUAGCUACAUUAUGCUCAGCGGCCGUCUGCCCUUUGAAGACAAAGACCCGCAGCAGGUUAAGUCCAAGAUCCUGAUGGCGAGGUUUGAUCCAGCAAGACUGUACCCCAACGUGUCCCAAAGUGCCUCUGCUUUCGUCAAGAAGAUGCUGAGCAGCUAUGCUUGGGCUCGCCCGACCACACGAGACUGCUUCACACACGCCUGGCUGCAGGACUCUUACCUGAUGAAGCUGAGGAGGCAGACCCUCACCUUCACCACAAGCAGACUCAAAGAGUUCCUGGUGGAGCAGCAGUGUCGUCGUGCUGAGAGCUCCACCAAACACAAAGUGCAGCUGCGCACCUACCAGAGCGCACCCCUGUCCCCACCAUCCGCGUCUACACCGCCCGUUCCCGGCCCCAAGUCAAACAAUUAAAGACUGUGUUUACUGCAGGUGCAGAGAGGGUACCAGGAACCACCGCAAAGACUGGAAUCCAUGUGUACUCGUGUGGAUGCAAAUGCAAAUUUUCUGCAGGAAAUUGUUUGAAACAUCAUCCGCCUUCUUUGACAAAAUGCACCACCCGUGAAUGUACCAUACUUUGCGCUGCUAACUGAAUUUACUUCGACGUUACACAUUAGAUUGAAAAACCAAAUCACUUUCCCUUCAAUUGUUUACUUUUUUCAUGUUAAUUUAUUUGCAUGCACGUUUUGACUCAGUAAGGUAAAAAAAAAAAAAAAAAAAAAGGAGUGUUUUUGUAGUUGCUGUUGAGCUAGGGUGCAGUUUAUGCGUCUGUGUUACAAGCAGUGAAUCGUGUAGAUGGAAACAGUCACACCACGCUGGUAAAUUGCUGUGGUUCCUCAGUGUUGCUCGUACUUGGUGAAAUUAUGGUUGCCCGGUCAGUGCCUAGAUUGGAGUCAAAUCCAAAGCAUCUGUGUUUUAAUGUGUCUCUGAUGUGGUUCCAAGUCACUUGAUGACUUAUUUGAAGGACCCUUUAUGAGAUGACAUGUGAACAACCUCUUGCGAUAUCAAUAGCAUUUAAUAGUCCUGUGGUUUACUCUUACAGCACUUUUUUCUUUCAAUUUGGACGGUUGAAGAUUUGUAAAUGUGCCAAUUUGCUGUGUUUAUAAGUGGGAAACGUUGUUGUUUUUUCCAGAGAUAGUAUGUAAUAAAUUGUUGAUACAAUUUGA